AUUUUCUUUGGCUCCCCUAAAUAAAACCUAACAUAUUUUUAACGGUUAAAAUACAAACAAUGAAAAUACUAGAAAAAUAAUUCAAACAUACGAAAGGGGAAAAUAAUACAUGAGGAGAAAAACUUUUCCUCUUCAAUACCAUCACCAACAAAAACAAAUUUAACCAUUUCCGAUAAAAAUUUUCCACCAUUAAAUUUACAAUGCAAUUUCUUACCACCCUCAGCUCCACCACCACACCGCCACCGUAACCACCAAACCCCACUUGCCGCCGUCUCAAAAUCCCGAAAACCCACCCAAAUUGAGGCUCGAAUUUCCUGUCCCAUCAUAUCUAGAGGCCAUAAAAUCAAAAUCCAAAACCAACCCAGUUGAAAAUGGCACCUUUUAGCUCGACCGAGAAGCUGUUUCCGAUCAAUGGAUCGGUUCAUCGGACGGCGGCUCCCUCGCCGGCGAAUGCACCGGAGACGGGAAAGAAAGAGGGAAAGUUUAAAACAAUGGCGGAGAUACUGGCGAAGGCGAAGUAUGCGGUGGUGGAGAGAGAAGAUUAUUCGGAUGUAAAGUGUGAAGAAUGUGGGUCCGGUGAAGGAGAAGGAGAGUUGUUACUGUGCGAUAAGUGCGAUAAAGGGUUUCAUAUGGGUUGUGUUCGACCCAUCGUUGUUCGGGUUCCAAUCGGAUCCUGGAUUUGCCCGACUUGCUCCGGCCAGCCACGUGUCAGAAGUUUGUCGCAGAAGAAGAUUAUAGACUUUUUUAGAAUUCAGAAGUGUAAGGGUGUAAGCUACACAUUUACUGCUUCUCCUCAAGAUUCCAAGAAGCGCCGAAGACGCCCGGGCACAUUGGUUUGUUACAAGAAGAAAAAGAGGAGACUGCUUCCAUAUGUUCCAACUGAAGAUCUAGCUCAAAGGUUGGAACAAAUGGGUUCUCUUGCUACAGCUUUGACUGCAUUAAAAAUGGAGUUCAGCAAUGAUCUGACCUACUUGCCUGGAAUGGCUCCAAGAUCUGCUAAUCAGGCAAUAUUCGAAGAUGGGGGAAUGCAGGUUUUGUCCAAAGAGGAUCAUGAGACGCUGGAGCAAUGCAGAGCUAUGCUCAGAAGAGGCGAAUGCCCACCCCUAUUGGUAGUUUAUGACUCGUGUGAAGGAUACACUGUUGAGGCUGAUACCCCGAUCAAGGAUAUGACAUUCAUAGCGGAAUACUGUGGAGAUGUGGAUUUUAUAAAAAAUCGAGAGCGGGAUGACUGUGAUAGUUUGAUGACCCUUCUUCUUACAACAGAUCCAUCUAACAGCCUGGUCAUUUGUCCUGAUCGCCGUGGAAAUGUUGCUCGGUUCAUCAGUGGCAUCAACAACCACACUCAGGAAAGUAAGAAGAAACAGAAUCUUAAAUGCGUGAGGUAUGACGUGAAUGGUGAAUGCUGUGUCCUUCUAGUGGCUACUCGUGACAUAGCCAAGGGAGAAAGGCUGUACUAUGAUUAUAAUGGGUACGAGCAUGAGUAUCCGACUCAUCAUUUCAUCUGAAGAAUGCCUGCACAGAGGUUACCGUCUAACUUGGAACAUCAGAGACAUCCCUGUUUAUCUGGGUUCACCAGACCAAAUUUGGGGGUAAUUUAUUCUUCAGGUUAUUUAUUAUUGAUGCACAGCCCGACAUUUUUCUUUUAUCCAGCCAAAUUUAAAAGUAGAUUUUUCUAGGUUAUUUUAGAGAGAGGUCCACAAAUUAUGUGGAGUAGAGAGAACUAUAGAGCAGCCAAAAUGUUUGUGUUAGGAUUACGAUUAUGAUGGAUGGGUCUCUGGCUGGAACUCAACUUUUAAUGAGCAUCCUGAUUUCGAACCACAGCAAAGAAUGAAAAAGAGAGUAAUUUUUCAUUUUCA